AUGAGUGACGCCGCCCCCGUUCGAGACCCGCGCGAGCCGCGCUAUCCCGUGAUCGUGAAGCACCCGAACUUCGACGACGUCAAGUCGAACUUUGACGUGGGGGAUUACUCGCGGUGGUUGGGCACCACCGCCUUGUCCUUCCCUGCUGGCUACGUUUUCGGAUUGAAGCUACACCGUCACGUGGCUGUGCCAUCUAUGGUGGUUACAGGCUUGCUGGGCUCGCUGGGCGGCUACCUGUGGGCCUUCCAGAACUCGUCUUUCCGUCUACAGGGCUACAAGGCCAACCCGGUGGAGGUCAAGCAGUACAUCACCAGCAAGGAGGGCUGA